UUAUAGAGGUACGCCUCUGACCGUACAUACACCUUUGUGUCUUUUCUAAAAAUCUUUUGUUUUUCUGCUUUUAUCAAAAUGUAUCUUUUUAAAGUUAAGGUUAGUAUAGUGUUCGGCCAAGAUUUAGACAAUAUUCACAGCUGUAAGGAUGCCAGCUCACCUCAAUGGUUUACAUAGUUUGUCAGUAUUUAGACAAAACUAUUGUUUUUACUUUCUUUUGUCCUGAAUAGUACUAUUUGGAUUUAUUUUGGCAUGAAUUGCAUGUUUUUGUUUUGUUUAGCAAGCUGUUUUAAAGCUGUUUGUUCCUCUUUUUUUUAAUAACAGCUUCGUUCUGAGUUUGAAGCUGUGAUACAGGUGAUCUGAUAGGUCCAUCAUGUGGGCAUGGGCAUUGCUACCUGUCACCCUGGCAGUGUUUGGCACUAUUGGCCUUUGGGUUGUAUAUGGCAUAGCUGUGUCCAAUAACACAGUUAAUAUAACGGAAGAAUUUCCUUACAUCAGCACAUGUGGCUCAUACAACCCCCAAAGUUGUCUGUUUUCUCAAAUCUGCAACAUAUGCUGCAUGCUAGCUCUGUGGAUCAUCUCAAUCAGAUUUCAACAGAUACGGGAUUUUGGCUGUGCAUCUCGAACAAACACAGCCGGUCUGGUGAUUGGCUUCAUCUCCAGCAUUGGUAUUUCUAUUCUUGGAAACUUCCAGCCAUCAGUACUGCUGGGAGUUCAUCUGCUGGGGGCAGCUUUGGCCUUCUUCCUGGGUUUGGUUUACUUCUGGAUCCAGACAUGGCUUACCUACAGUGCCCAGCCGUCACGUGACCGGCGAUGGGUGGGGCCAGUACGCAUCAUUCUCUGCAGCAUGUGCACAUGUUUUGUCAUCUGCAUGGUCGUUCUGCAUAUCACAGGGUAUCGCUCUGAGGCCGCCAUAUGCGAAUGGGCUCUGGUUAUGUGCUUCUUUGCACUUUUUGGGGUCUUUGCGGCUGAAUUCAGACACAUUGAUCUCCAUAAGUUGACCGUACAGAAGGAGGGAAUGAAAAAAGCUAACGAGGAAAAUGGUGUGUGGACGCUACAAGAAAGUUUAUGAAAAGUGGCCAAUUUUCAGAUGUGGCCAAUGUGGGAAUCAAACACACACACAAACUGAAAAGAACUAACCAUAUGGUUGAGGAGGACCACAAAAACAAUGUUUACGGUUUCUACUAUCACUUAGACCUUUUACAAAGUAAAUUAUAUGUUGCAUAUCUUAUUCAUUAACACAUUAUUGCCAAAAGUGUACAGUGUCAUCUAUUUCAGUAGCCUACUAUCUUCAGCAAUACCUCAGACUUGCUGUCUUGGGCUUUUUUAUAGCAGUAUGAGUAUUUCUGUAUUGUUUACAUAUUGUAGUUUUCGAAGUAUUGUGAUUUAAUCUGUCAAAUGAUCGUAACAAUGGUGUUUUUGAAUGUAAAUAAACCUUUAUAUUAAAAAUCUGCAGUUAUAAUUAACUUUACAAUAAAGAAAAAGAGAAAGAAAUGAAAGUAAUACGCUCAAAGCUUAUAA